CACCAAACCCCCAAUGCCCAAUCCGUAACAGAUAAAAAGAAAGGAAGUUCCCAGUCCCCCUUAUCCCCUUCUUCUCCCAACUCCCAAACUCUAUCCCGAAAUGUCCAUAACUUCCUCUCUCCAAUCUCUCAAGCUUUCAUCGCCAUUUCUCCAUGGCUCAACAUCCCUUUCUCUUCUCUCAAAACCCAAUUCUUCUCUCUCUCACCCACCCCUCAAAACCCCAACUUUUCUCCCUCCAAUCAGGGCCCUGAAAUCACUGCAAGGCAAGGUCGUUUGUGCUACAAAUGACAAGACAGUGUCCGUGGAAGUGGUGCGUUUAGCUCCGCAUCCAAAGUACAAGAGGCGUGUCAGGAAGAAGAAGAAGUUCCAGGCUCAUGACCCAGAUAACCAAUUCAAAGUUGGUGACUUUGUGCAGCUUGAAAAGAGCAGGCCUAUUAGCAAGACCAAGACUUUCAUUGCUGUGCCUGUACCAAGUAAGAAUGGGAGGCACGAGAAGAAGGAGACAGGGGAGCUUGGGAUUCCAUUGGAGUCUCAACAGCCUCAAGAACAUCAGGCUUAGUGUUAAGCCCUUGGGUGGGGCCCUUUUAUUUUGGUAAAUUUGUAAUCUUUUGCAAGUAUUUUUAGUGUUCGAAAACUGUUUUUUUCUUGGUGUAAUAAUUGUUGUUUUCUUGAGUAUGGAUUGUUUAUCGGGUUGUCAAGAUCUUGGUGUUCUCUGCUCGAAUUUUAAUGGGUUUUUUGUUAA